CCACAACGACAACGACCACAACAACAACAACAACACCAGUCUAUAUUAAAUCCGGAUAUUAGUAAAUUAGAAUGGAUACCUGGUUUUCAUUCCUUGGUUCGAAAUCGUAUAUUAAAUGAAUUCACUGGUGAAAUCAAUCUAUUGAUAACACUUACAAGAAGUGAAAUGGAAUUGUUCGGUUUAUCUGGCAUUAUGAAUACAUGUGUCAAAUUCAAUAAGAAUAACACUGAUCAUCGAUUACCAUUGCAUAUUGUUUAUCGUUGGAAACGUAUACGUGAUUUGAAUGCACCAUUUGUAAUAGUGUUACGAUCUGUUCAAUCGCUAUGCUCGGAAAAUUAUCAACUUGCACCAAUUAUUCCAGAAUUUGAUUUUUACUAUCAUCGUUUGGAUUUAUUGAAAGAACCACAAAAAUGUCGUUUCCUCAAUCAGCUUAUAUCGUUUGAUUUUGGUACCAUUUAUUUGUCACCACGUGCAUUCGCUCGACCGUUUAUUCGUUUAACACAAGGUUAUGCAGAGAAUUUGAAUGAUAUACGUCAUUUAAUUGCAUAUCUAUUCGAUCAUACUACUGUAUUGAUGACAGAUCCUGGUUUAACUGCCAUUAUUAGUACAACAACACCAUCGAUUCGAACAUCUGUAGCUCUUGUAGAAAGAAUUGGAAAAUUUUGGAUGCAUCGACAUCAUGUCAGUGAAUUAAGUGAUUUUAUUGUUAGACGAUAUGUGGUUACAGACAAUGGUGUAAUGCUUAUUUAUCCUGGAACUCUAUUAUCUCAUACCUAUGAACCAACGAAUCGAAUUUGGUAUAAACGAGCUUUAGCUUUACCUGGACGUUUAAUUAUUACUGGUCCUUAUUUAGAUGAUGCUGGUGUUGGUUAUAUAUAUACAUUGAGUCGUACAAUUUUUGAAGGAAAUUCUAGUUACACUGGUGGUGGUAUACAUUCAUAUGAAAUGAAUAAAAUCUCUGCUGUGAUUGGUAUGGAUGUAACAUAUCGAUUUUUAAGUUUUAUGCUAUCAUCCCAUGGAUGGUUACCAGAAUGUGGAGAAUUUUUAAAACAAGUUAAUCUCAAUUCAUCAUCUGACUCAACGUCGUCUUCCAUAGUGUUCGGAGAACACCAACAGCAACAACAUUUGGAAAGAGUUAUCAAUCAAAGUUUAGAUAGUUUAUUUGGAGAGAUUGAUGAUGAUUCCUUCUCGGCUUUCAUCAAACACAGUACAAUGUCCGCUGAAUCCAAUGUUAAUAACAGUAAUGAUAAUCAUAAUAAUCACAGUAAUCCUCCUUUAUUUCCUCAACAUUUAAUUGAUCAAUCAAAAAACCAUAUUCAAUCACGAUGUUUACUUAUCAAUGAUCAAGGUUAUUUAAUUGCUCAUCCUAAUUUUUAUGAUACAAGUAUACAAGGUGGUGGGGAAGGACCAUUAGAACAGAAUCAUUUAAGUUUUCAGUAA